AUGAUUACCCAUGAUUCUCGAGCGUUGCUCGUGUCCGAACUACCUCGGGAGAAGAGAACCGCGGUCGUACCCUCUCUAACCCCUCGUCAGGUUCGCUCCUGUAGGGUGUGUCGACUGCGCAAGGUCAAGUGUGACCGCGUCAAACCCUGUCAUGCAUGUUGCGCCCAUGGCUAUCCCUCCAAGUGCGUGUAUGAACCGGGCACGGACGAGGAUCCCCAGCCCAUCAGUCAAGCAGACGAGAUCCGACAUCUACGGGCGGAGAUCCGCGACUUAACGGCCCGCUUGAACAACGGUGAGCGCCGGCACCGAUCGGAGCGACGUAAGACCCAGCUACAAAAGUUGUUUGCGACCAUACGCUCGGCCCCGCUGGAGCUUGUCGAUCGACUAAUUACUCAACUCCGUACUGGCCCCAGCGGAUCGAAUGAGCUCGAAGGAACAGAAGCCUUUCUCCACCAACGCUCCCCGGAUGAGAGCAGUGACGAUAGCAGCAGAAAUACCGAUUACCAUGCCUCACACCGGUCAGAAACUUUCGAUUUCAGCCGCAGCCCAUCGGAAAGCAGUGAGGAUUCAUCGUCCUCAUCGAUCAUUAGCAUAAACAACUCGUCCAGCCCGAUGCUGGAUGUGUUCAUUGAGCGAUUUAUUGAUGCUUUUAGCCCGGAAGUUGAUAUCAAGUCGGGUCAGGCGGGAGCGCUGCGACGCGCAGCGGAAAUCCGCAUGUUCUCGCCGAUCCUAAUGGAGGCAUAUGAAGCGGUCUCGGUAGCCUUCUUUGGUCGGUCCGUUCAGGACCCGCGAAUUGAAAAGUCAGGCUCUCCGCUGUAUGGACGUGUCCUGCGGAAUCUACAGAGUGCCUUGCAGGACCCAGAGCGGAGCAAGGCUGAAUCCACUCUGGCCACGGUCAUCCUUUUGAUGGCCUUUGAGAGUGUUGAACGAACCACGCAAGCAUCACUGUCAGCGCAUGUGCAUGGUGCUGUGCGUUUAAUCGAACACCGCGGACCUGAAAAUCAUAUUUACGGAGUGGAACACCUCCUCUUCACCGAAUUACGUCCGUAUUGGGUGGGGGCGGCCCUCGUCACCCGUCAGCCUUCAUUUCUCGCAGAGGAGGAUUGGAUCAAUGUACCCUGGUCGGCUGGAACGACGCAGAAAGAUAUCCUGCACUACCUGUUAGAUCUCACGGUCGAGGUGCCAUCCCUGUUGGCGCAAUACGACGCUUGGAGGCCACGCUACAGUCCGGGGUCCCCAGUGCGCAUGAGGUCACCGUGAAACAGGCAGCACUGUGGAAUGGGGUUACCAACCUCACAUGCCGGUUCCUCCAGUGGAAAACCGACUGGGUCGAUGCCUAUCCGGACGGGCCGCCCCAGGAGGUGCCCGCGGAACCCAACGAUCAGUUCCCCUCUUUCGCUGUCGCGAUCUCCGUACCGGUGCCGUCAUCACCCCGACCAAAUUUGUCUACCCCAAUCUACGUCUCGCUCAAACCAUGUGUCUAUAUUACACCUCACGGCUCAUUCUAUCAACGGUCGACACCCGACCGGACGACGAACGAGUGGGGCCGGCGCAGCAAUAUGCUCUGGGCUGCGGCAUCUGCCGAACUCUCGAAUGGUACAUCUUAACGGCGCCGGGCAACAUGAUCAACCGGCUCGCUUUCCCCGUGCGCGUGGCCUGGGAGGUAUUCCCCGACGGCGGACCUGAACGACGAUUCAUCUACGACGUAUUGAAACUGGUCGAAAAGCGCCAUUCGCUUGGACUCUGGGGAAGUGGCAUGUCAGAGCUAUCCCCUCGGGCCGGAUCACCGCCGAAAGCUUGAGCGGGGGCUCUUGUAUAGAACUAGGAUGAAUACGUUGGCGAUCGCAGGCACGAAAGCUAAUGUUU